AUGAGCGCCGAGCACCCCGCGGUUUCCGGCAGAGCCGUGCGAGGAAAAACGAUCUGGUUUUGGUGCAUGGUGGGGGAGAGGCAGCCGCCCCACUGCAGCAGCCGGAGCACGCAGCGACAUGGGCUUGGUGGCACCGGGGGACACCGGCCAGGGAGGAAGGAGGACGCGUUCAACGUGCUGGACCUGGCCGAGUACACCAAGAGCCGGCCCUGGUGGCGCAAGGUGUUCGCGCCCGGCUCGGGCUCCAGCGCCGAGAAGUACAACGUGGCCACGCAGCUGGUGAUCGGGGGCGUCACGGGAUGGUGCACUGGAUUCAUCUUCCAGAAAGUCGGGAAGCUGGCUGCAACGGCCGUGGGAGGCGGCUUUUUCCUGCUCCAGGUUGCAAACCACACGGGGUACAUCAAAGUGGACUGGAAGCUGGUAGAACGGGACGUGAACAAAGCCAAGCAGCAGCUGAAAUUUCACAGCAGCGGCAACAAGAUGGCCCCAGAAGUGAAAGGCAAAGUGGAUGAGGUGAUCACGUUCCUGAAGAAGAAUGUUAUCCUGACUGGAGGCUUUGCUGGAGGAUUUCUGCUUGGAAUGGCGUCGUAGGAACUGCCCAGCCCUCGUUUCUUGUCCAGUCUCCAUGUCCUCUCCUUCAUGUUCCCUCUCACUUAGAAAUCAGUGGCUGUUUUCAGCAGCUGAAUCGCUUCUGCUCCCAGGUUCCAACCUGGACUUUUUACAAUGCUGCUCCGAUUUCCAGCUUAUUACUGUGGGCUGUUUGGGUGCUGGGCUUGAUCUGAAGCUCGUGAUCCCCAGCAUACGAGUUUGAUUCCUCUCCCCACCCAAUAUGCCCAGAUUUUGGUAAGUUGCAGCCGCAUAGAUACGUAGGGGCAGAGAACUCUAAACACGCUUCUUCACAGGUGCCCAGGGGCAUUAUAUUUAUUUGUCUGCCAGUUUGUAUAUACAACAGCUAUCAGUUGUUCGCUGCUGCUUGGCUUUCUCUUCCCUGGCACCUGUAAAGCCGGAGCUUCCCUCUGCACAGGGGCGCAGUGUGAAACCCACCUCUGCCCGGCCGGCCUCGGGUGGAGGCAGAAGCAUCGGGGCAGUUUGGGCUCUGUGCCAGAAGGGGCUUCUGGGCUGGUGGUUAGGGAGCCACUUCCAGCUCUCUGUGGGCCUGGGGCGUUGGGCUGCCUCCCCACCUUUGCACUACACGUAGCUGGUCACCGGGCUUCUCCUUGGCUGGUAUUUAUAGCCCUUACUGGAAGCGCGGCGCUGGCACUGCGGAUGGAAACCGAGCCCCACGGUGACGCUCCAGGCCCGCUCCGUGUCCCCUGAAAGGCACCGAGCUCCCAGCUGCAGGGAACGACCGAGUUCCCUUCUCGCCAGGCUGCAGGAUUGUACAUAGGAGAUGCAUCCUAUGGUUUGGGGUGUGUUGUGCUGGUCUAGGAUCCCUGUUGCCAGCUUAGUUGGAAUGGGGGAAGAGAUAGGAAAUCUGGCUAGAUCUGCUUUGUGUGCAGUCUUUUAUCUGGCUCUGCAGAGUACAAAUCCCAUCUCCCUGCUCUCUGCAAACUGAGUUUAAUCUCCUCAGCAUCUGCACCCUGGGGGCUGCUGUUGUCAGAAGGGCUCAGCUGCCUCUCUGGUGUGUCACUUGGAAAUGACAGGUUCCUUUGAACGUGUUUGGCAAUAACUCCCACUUAUUCCCUUCCCCAGCCCGAGACUGUGGUUACAGAG